GGAAACUUAAAAAAGCAUUAGAUUCUUGAAACUAAAUCUUGACUGCUUUUUACUGUACUAUAUAACUCAGAUUUCUACAAAAAUUUCUAAUAACUCUUAACUGGUUGUGAUUAGUAGCCUAAUUAUAAAUAUAAUUAGAAUGAAAAUGGCUUUCUUGAUUAUAAUUAGUAUAGUCAUCACUGCUUGCUUUUCUUCCUUUGUUUCUGCUUAUGAUCUUGAUCCACUUCAAGAUCUAUGUGUUGCAGUUCAAGAUACCAAUCAUUCUGUUUUUGUGAAUGGUAAGUUCUGCAAAGACCCAAAGCUAGCCAAUGCAAAUGAUUUCUUUGCUUCAGGUUUCAAUGAAAGUGGAAUGCCAACACCAACAAAUCUUGGCUUUGCCGUGAAUAUAUUGAACGUAAAUCGAAUGCCAGGACUCAACACACUUGGCAUUUCUAUGGCUCGUGCUGAUCUUGAACCGUUUGGCUUAAUCUCACCUCACAUUCAUCCUCGAGCAACUGAGCUAAUACUCGUAUUGGAGGGUACUAUCUAUGUUGGAUUUGUUGUUCCUGAUACGAAAAAUCCUUUCAAAUCGAGGCUAUUCGAUAAAAUCUUGAAUCCAGGGGAUGCUUUUGUGAUCCCACAAAGUAUGGUUCACAUUCAAUACAAUUUGGGAACCACCAAUGCAACACAUUUGAGUAGUUUCAACAGCCAAAAUCCUGGAGUACACAUGAUCCCUUAUCAACUCUUUGGUUCAAAUCCACCAAUUCUUGAGGAUGUUCUUGUCAAAGGUUUUCAAUUGGAUAAGAAAGUUAUCAAACAUCUUCGAGCACAAUUCUCGUAGGAUAUGUGGAGAAAAGGAUUGUACGUAUUUGUUGGAUUUACUAGUUUUCGAGCAAAUGAUUGAACAUGUUUGUGAAAUUGGUGAAAAUGUAAGGAGACAAUUAGUUCUGGUUAGUCCAUAGUUGCUAUUGUAGUUCUUUUCUGUAACUUGAUGUUCAUUUGAAAGUUUUGUUUUGUAUA